CCCUGGGAAACACUUCACUAUAAAACUGGAUGUGGCUGGGAUGGUCGGCAAAGCGGAAAAGACUGGUGUUGGAGCAAAAAUUGUCACAAUGGAGUUUUGCAUAUUAGCGCUGUUUACACUUUUCUCCUCGUUUUACAACGCGUUGGCGUUGUCACCUAAUGGCGUGUGUCUCCUUCAAGUGGACGAGGGACCUUGCAGGGCACUAAUUGAGCGCUACCACUACAACACUAUUACCCAAAAGUGCGAAACGUUUUACUAUGGUGGGUGCCAAGGGAAUGCCAAUAACUUCAAGAGUUAUCAGGAGUGCCAGAAAACAUGUUUCAGAAUCCCAAAGGUUCCUCAACUCUGCAGGUUUCCUAAAGAGGAGGGACCCUGCAGGGCCCUCUUUCGCCGCUACUUCUUCAACAUGACCACCAUGCAGUGUGAGCUCUUUUAUUACGGUGGUUGCAAGGGCAAUUCCAAUCGCUUCCAAGACCUCACCUCUUGUAAGGAGUACUGCAGUCCACGAAAAACUGUUCCUGUGCUCUGCCUGGACCCUCUGGACAAAGGGAGGUGUUCAGCCUCCAUUCCUCGGUAUUACUACAACGCAGCCACCAAGAUGUGCGAGGAGUUCAUCUACUCAGGCUGCGGAGGGAGCAGCAACAACUUUGUCUCGAAGCAAAACUGCAUGGACGUGUGUGCUAAAGGAGGGAAAAAACACACAAGCCAUGGAAAAGGUCGUCGUAUGAGACAGAAUAGAAAUAAUCACAUCACUUUCUUGCAGGCGUAGACGUCUGACACUCAGGGAUUCUCACUCGGACAAGCCCUUAAUGGAAACUAACAUUUAUAAUCUGUCAUAUGCCAAAAUGCUGACCAGCUGUUCUUUGUUGUUACUGGAAGAGUUAUAGUGGCACAUACAUUUCUACUGUAUUUGUAAUGCUUUAUAAGCAAUUUCAACUGUGAUUUUACUGUAUGCUGUCCAUGAAGUUUGUUACUACUGCACUAAUGUUCUUGAUUGUGUGUUUUGAUAUUGUAUGUAUGCUUUCUAUAAGUAAUACAUUAUGAUAGUGAACUUUUUUAUUUGCUGUUUAUAAGCACAUUUUUAAUAAAAUAUACAGAAUUUUGUUUGC